UGACGUUGAUGACGUUCGCCAAAUCAAAAUGACAGUUAAAUGUGUUUUGAGGAAGCUUGCCUCUCAUCCUUAAUACAUUUUUAUAUUUAGCCAAAUGUUUUCAUAUGUUGCAACCAACUAUUCCAUGUGAAAAGUCCUUAGAUUGAGCACUGAUAAAAGAACAAGAGCAUAUGAUUGCAAUAGUACUGAAAGUCGGGUGGUUGCUCAUGCCGCCAAGAGGUACAUUGUAGUUGUUUGCAAACAUAGAUUUGCUUGAAAGCGAAGAAAAUAUCUGAGAAGCUCUAAUCAUAGUGCUUCGCAUAAUGUAAUCGUUGCAGAUCUUUAACAACUUCUCGCGUGAAUGUUAAGGCUAAAAUGGGCACAUCCAGUGCGGACAGUGAGUUUUCAACAUUGCAGUUCGAGAAAAAACUGACCAAUUUGAAAGACUCGCAGGAAAGCAUCAAUCAGUGUUGUCAGUGGUGUUUGGCUAACCGGCAGCACUACAAGAAAAUUGUUACUUCUUGGCUGAACGUAAUAAAACGAGUUAAAAUCGAACAAAGACUAACACUGUUCUAUUUGGCAAACGAUGUCGUUCAGUAUUCAAAGAGAAGAAACUACGACUAUGUGGAUACUUGGGGUACCGCCAUUCAGAAAGCCACAACGAUGGUCAGAGACGAAAAAGUGAAACAUAAAAUCCUAAGAAUUUUCAAAAUAUGGGAACAAAGAGCCGUAUAUGGAGAAGAGUACAUUACAGAUUUGUGUGGAUUGAUAAGUGUUCAGCCUACAGGGCCAAAAAGUGAUGAACCGCAUGAGUUUCAGGCCAGCUAUGUGAUAAACAAAAUAAAAAGCUGCGCUCAAUUGGAGAAGGACACUGAUGGCAAGCUAAAGGUCCUGAAGGAACAUAAUCCAAAAAUCACUAUAUCUGAAAGUCUGAUAACCUCGCUAAAGGAUAGGGCGCAUGUGGACGAUGUGGAAAAAGAGUUGGACGUCUACGUGGAUCAUAUGGAGAGUUACAUAAAUGCCCUUAAAUUGGAGAUAAAAAACCGAAUAGCACUUAUUUCAGUACUAAAGCAUGCAGAGACACAUUUGGAGUCGGACAGAAAAGAUGUGAAAAUGGUCGCCAAUGCAUAUAGAACUUUUAGCCAGCGGGUUAAGCAUGUUCAAAAGAAGCUGGAAGAGCAUUUAGAGUCUUUGCCAAGUCCGAUUCCGUCGCCGGACAUUAAUGCGCCAUCUCCUAGUCCAGAGGAAGACAUUGACUUACCGGAAGACGACAUUGUUUCUCACUUGAAACCUGAUCAAAUGGACAUGUCGCUGAUUCAAUACUCCAAUCCAGGCUUCUAUGUACCUCCACCUACAACUAACAGUUCAAUUUACAAAAACAACCACAGCGACAGCUACAAUAAUAGCGCUAAUAAUGCAGACGCUGCAGAGACCAGCUCCAGCUUUCUGUCUAACGGAUUCACUAGUUUUCUAGGACAAAACCUAUCAUUCGACAUAUCGAAUAUUAGCACUACAGAGCUCUUUUCCAACGCAACAGCGGAAACGUCAUCAAUAAAUAACACUCAGACCACGAACAGUUAUGUUACUACCCCCUCGUCUGCGACUCAACGGCAAGAUUUAGGGGACAUAGAUGGAGCAGCGCCUUACAAUCCAUUGUUGCCGCCGCCAAUGCCACCUUUCUCCAAGAACAGCGAAUCCGGAUUCAGUUUUAAUAACAGUAUGGAUAUCAGCACGUCUGCGUCGUAUAAUUCUUACCUUGAAUCGGCAGACGACACUCGCUACGACCCCUACCGUAACCCGUAUCCGCCCAGCUUGGAAGAGUCGUACGACCCUUCACAGGUAACAGAGGCAUGGGACGAUAUAGACAACAGCGGCUGGAACGACCUGAACGAUGCUGACACUCCAGAAAGCCCUCCAUUAUUCGAAAAAGAAGGGUAUGGGGAUCCAGUUGAGUACCACGACUCUUCUUUGUGUAGCGGUGCAGUUGAUGUGGAUCACCGAGGGAUAAUUCCUGGCAUGGGCGAUCUAGUCAAUGUUUCAUGCUUAGAUGAUUCCCUAGGCAGCUUGACGGGGAAAGAUGUCGACCAUAGAAAUCUGAUCAGUUUAACUGAGUCACCCGAUCUGGAUCAAGAGGUUUUACUGAACGGGCGGCCAAAGUUUUUGCCCGCUCGGGGCAAUCUGACCACCAUUACACCUCAGGAAUCCUUAUGGGAGUCGUUAGAUAAGGACUACCGGACAUUACCGUCCAUCUCUGAACAAUCUCGGUCUUUGCUACCUACCGAAGAUCAAGACUAUCGGUUACAGUUCGAUGUUAACGCGCCGCCACCACCUCCGCCUCCACCCCUCAUUAGCAAUACGCCAAUAAAGAAAACGCCGCCUCCGCCACCUCCACUACCUGCACCCGGAGCCCCAGGUGAUCCUCGAAUGCGGUACAACACUCAGACGACAGAAAUGGACAUGGAUUUGAGCGACGACCUAGACAACGCCGAUGGGCUGCUUAAUAAAGAUGUGCACAUGUCACUUGAGCCGCCGCCCCCUUUGCCCGAUUUGUUGGAUGACGUGGACGCCAAUCAAUUUUUAGAUGAUAUUGCAGGAGAUCUGAAUGACUUCAGUAAUUUGUCCGCUGAAUUAGACGUGCAGGAUCGAACAGGUGUGUCCAAUUGCGGCUCACAAGGACUGAAUUCGUGGGUGGCGCUUCAUCCGCCGCCUCCCAUUGAUUUUGGAAUUGGAGGGCCGCCGAAACUUUCAGACCCUCCACCAAGCAUGAGCCACCCGCCGCCGAGCAUGGCUGUGCCUCCGCCUCCACCGCGGAUGGAUAUGGGAAUUAGACAGCCUCUGCUUUGUUAUCCAGUCGACUGUGCCCCAUCAUGGCCAGAAGAGCAAGUCUUCAGAAAUAAUGACGGACAUGUGCCCGGUUUUUACGCAAAUCGGGGCGAUUUUAAUAAUUUUCGUGGUGGGUUUCGUGGAAGAGGAAGGGGGCGAGGAGGUGGACCCUGGGUGGACCGGGGGCGAGGAAGAGGCGGAUCGUGGGGUCCUAGAGGACCGGGAAUGUUUCGACCAAGAGGUAAUUUCCGGGGAAGAUUUGAUCGAGGAUUUUUCCGGGGCAGAGCCAGGUGAUUUAUCCAACUGCAAUAAGUUCUACACAUUUUCUGUUUUACAAUUGGGACAUGGCGGAGCACUAAGAUAAUGUAAGUAAAGUUUGUUCGAUACAUGGAUCUAUUUCAUGAGUGUUGUGGACAAAUAGGGGAGAGUGAGUAAGCUCAGUAAAAAAAAACAUUGUAAUAAACGAUCUCGAUCUUUUGAA